AUGGAUCAGAUGAUGGGUGACGGGGGCAGGUUCCCGCUCGAGACGUGGUUCUGGGAAAUGCCUAUAUGCACCCGAUGGUGGACGACGGCUACCGUCCUUACCAGUGCACUCGUCCAGUGCCAAAUGGUUACCCCUUUCCAGCUCUUUUACAGCUUUCGUGCUGUCUUUGCAAAAUCACAGUACUGGCGUCUUUUGACCACCUUUCUCUACUUCGGUCCCUUUUCGCUCGAUCUCCUGUUCCACGUCUACUUUCUUCAACGCUACGCCCGUCUCCUCGAAGAAUCCUCCGGUCGUUCACCAGCCCACUUCUCGUGGUUGCUUAUUUACUCUAUGACGAGCCUUCUACUUCUCUCGCCACUGGUCUCGAUGCCAUUCCUCGGUCAUCCUCUGUCAUCCACCCUCGUCUACAUCUGGUCGCGACGCAACCCCGAUACGAGACUCAGCUUUCUCGGCUUGCUGGUCUUCACUGCCCCUUACCUUCCUUGGGUUCUUAUGGCUUUCAGUCUCGUUCUGCACGGUUCUAUUCCCAAGGAUGAGAUUAUGGGUGUUGUCAUUGGGCACAUUUGGUAUUUCUUCUCCGACGUGUACCCGCCCUUGCACAAUGGCUCGCGUCCAUUCGAUCCCCCAAAUUGGUGGCGAAGACUCUUCGAGCGGCGGCCCACGGAAGAAACAUUGGAUGGCAUCAACAACGAUAUUGUCGUCGCUGGUGGACCAGAGCUCGCCCCCGACGUUCGAUGA